AUGGAUAUUUUUGAGUUUGUGGACUGUAAUGCCCCUGGAAUGACGUACUGGCCACGACAUUCAAUCGGUGGAUUCAACAAGAGAAUUAUUAAUGGCAAGAAUGCCGAACUUUACGACAUCCCUUCCCAGGUUGGGAUAUUUGUUCUAAUCAAUAACGAAUGGAACCUGCUUUGUGGAGGAGUCCUGAUUAAACCAGAUAAAGUUCUUACCGCUGCCCACUGCAUGGAGGGUAAAACGGUCUCGAAUGUCAAAGUUUCUGUCGGGAUGCUAAACAGUCAUGGACCACCCACUCAGUACGAGCAACUUAAGUGCGUCACUAAAAUCAAAACGCACGAGGAUUAUGUAGACUUGAUUAACGACCUGGCCAUUCUGGCACUGGACACUCCUGUCAUGCUUAACAAAAAUGUGAAGGUGGCACAAUUAGCGGAUGAUAGCUCAGACUUUGUUGAUACACCCUGCAUCAUAAGUGGAUGGGGUGCAAGCAACAAUUCAGAGAAUGCAUUUCCAAAUAGACUCCAGAAAACAUCGGUAAUGUUACUCUCACAAGAAGACUGCCUAUAUUAUUGGAGUGAAGAAACCGAGGGUAUAAACAACAAAGAGUUUGUGUGCGUCGCAAGUAAACGAGAUGACAGCUCUAGCUGUAAUGGUGAUAGUGGCGGCCCUUUGUUGUGUGGCCCAAACCUGGAUAAACUGGUUGGAGUCUGUGCCAUUGUGGUAGCAGGUUGUCCUAAGGAUUUUCCAUUCGUGUACACAGACGUGACACAGUACCACCGAAGUUGGAUCGAGAAGAAUUCUUAAGUUAUCGUCGUCGAUUCGAAGAAUGAAAUAACAUUACAUAACAAUAAAACAAUAAUAAAAGUCA